AUGGCUAUCCAAGUUUCAUUCGUCUCCCUUUCCGGGGCAGCGACAUUAAUCGCCCUGCUGAUAGCAAAAAACUCCCCUUGGAGCACCCUAUACUCCCUUUCAGUUGUCUUUGGGGUUUUUGUACCCUCAUAUGUCUUUUAUCUCAGUUACAUCUUCCCAUUUUAUAUCUCCGAACUCAGACAUAUUCCUACAGUCCCUGGCUUCCCUCUCUGGGGCCAAUUUUAUGAGAUUAUCACGAAUGAGUGCGGUGUCCCACAGCGCAAAUGGCAUCAAGUCCAUGGCCCAAUCAUUAGAUACUUCUUUCCAUUUGGAGCUGAGCGUCUUGCAGUCGCAGAUGAUGAUGCGAUCAAACAGAUGACAACUAGAAAUCCUUACAACUACCCAAAACCAGUUCGUGCAAAGUUGUGGAUGGUCAGAAUUCUUGGAGAAGGUGUUCUUCUAGCCGAAGGAGCUGAGCACGUACAUCAACGAAAGUCCUUAGCACCCGGUUUCUCUAUUCAAUCAAUUCGAGCUCUCUAUCCAGUUUUCUGGAAAAAGUCAUUGCUUCUCACCAAGCUAUGGAAGGAAGAAAUGGAAGUCGACGCUGUGAAGACCAAGUCCUUUGAGGUAUUGGAGUGGUUGAACCGCACCACCCUUGAUAUCAUCGGUUCAGCGGGCUUCGGUGUCGAUAUCAACUCUCUUGAAAACCCAGAAACCCCAAUUCGUGAGGCUUACCGACUUGUCUUUGCAUUUGAUAUUGGAUCCCGUAUUUUGCAUGGUCUUCAGGCUUUUAUCCCAGCUACCAAGAUGCUUCCUGCCAAGAUGAACCGCGACAUGGAGGCUUCACGUAACAUUAUCCUUAAGACUUCAACGGAUAUUAUCAACGAGAAGCAAGAACAAGCCACGCAGAGGACCAACCAUAAGGAUAUUAUUGCCUUGAUUGCCAAAGAUAACUUGAAGAUGAAGGAGGCUGGAGAACAGGGCCUCUCUUUCGAGACCAUGCGCGAUCAAAUUAUGACCUUCCUUGGUGCAGGCCACGAUACGACCGCAACAGGUGUCGCGUGGACAGUUCAUCUACUCUCAACUCAUCCCGAAAUUCAAGACAGACUCCGAACCGAAAUCCGCGAGCAUAUGCCCUUCCUCUUUGAUCAAGAAUCCCGCUAUGAAGAUAAAGUGGAAAAGACAGAUGCGGAUCUCCUGCCAUACCUCGACAACGUCUGCCGCGAAUCACUUCGCUACAUUCCACCCAUUCCAAUGACGGUUCGCCAAUCUAUAAAUGAAGAUAAACUGGGUCCAUACACGGUCCCAGGUGGCACGGUCAUAUAUGUUCUCGCCAAUGCUAUCAAUCAUCUUCCUAUGUACUGGGGCCCCACUGCCGAUGUUUUUGACCCAGAUCGUUGGGACAAAUUACCAGCUUCGUUCACGGCCAAUGCUUUCAUGACUUUCCUCCAAGGGCCAAGAGGGUGUAUUGGACGUAAGUUUGCAGAGACGGAAAUGAAGGUUCUGUUGUGUUGUUUGUUGAGUAUGUACAAAUUUGAGCGCGAUGAGAGUGUGGAGAAUCCGGAGGACUUGAAGAUGUGGAGAUUAGUGUUGAGACCUAGAGAUGGUGUUCAGGUUAAGGUUACUGCCAUCUAA